UGUUGGAGCGAGCGAGCCGUCGCACGCAUGUAUCCGCAAAUUCCGUCAACGUGGUGCGGAUGUCAAUUUCAUGGUCGACAGUUCUACCCCUAUCCAUUCUUUCCUCACUGAAAUUUGGCGAUUCUAUGAUAAAAGCCAAUUGCUACCCUGCAUAAAAGCGCUCGUAGAACCAUCUUGUAAUCUUUCUUUGCAAGACCGGACCGUCAGAACAGUACUACACAUCGCUCUUGAUGCACGUCUAGAAGAUAUUGUCACAUACCUUCUCGAGCAAAACGCAGGGCUGUCAGCAACGGCGACUGUCCUUCCAGACAUGUGGAGCUGGGCUACAAACAAGACGUGGUUUCCCAAGGUUUCAAGCAGCGGCUCUUGCUGCUGAUCAACCGUGCAUCAGAAUUAAGGGGAAGGUUGUUGUUGAUACAGCGGAAUCGAAACUCAUCGAGUUUUCAGUUGCAGUCACUGCAGACUGUGAUAAUCCCAAUCCGAUUUACGCUGUCGUUGUUUCAGCAAUACUCAAUGGCAAGCUGUCAGGUGUGAGUAACCACUUUCAUCCAGCCGUA